AUGUUCUCCACCAAGGCCUUCAUCACCUUCCUCACUGCUUCGGCCACCUUCGCCUCGGCAGCAUCCCUCUCCGCUCUCAAGCGCGAUGCUGACAACGGCUCCUGCGCUCAACUUGAGCGCAUCUGUGUCGGUGAAGUCUCGACCCAGACUUUGGACCUUUGGGCACACAACGCUUGUCUCUUCGGCGCGAGCUGUUUCGGAGGUCAGGUGCCCGUGGAUGGGUUCGUCGCGAGCGCUUGGAGUAGCGACGGUGGAAAUGGGACGGCGCCGGCGAGCCUGAACCUUACGAGGGUUACUACCGAUGCGUUUAACUCGAUCUCGACCGACGGACAAUCAGUGACCCAGCAGAACUUCAUCGACGGAUACUACAGCGCUCUUGACGCUACUGGAGGUCCUUACCCUACUGACGCUUCCAUUGUCAUCGAUGACUUUGACCGCCUCGCCUCCUGGACUGGCUUCUGUCCCGGAACUGGACAGGGUAUCCCCUACCAGAACUUUGCCGACUACUACCAGUACAGUUCCUCGGUGGACUCGACCGCGUGCUAA